AUGCGCGAUCCCUCGAGCAUGAUGCCAAACCUCGCCAACACGCUCCUCGCGCUCCCAUUUAUGCCCACAGAUUCGUUUCCGACAUACCUGACACAGUGGCAGCCCGGCGUGACGCCGUUGAGCACGACUCCCGUCGUCUUGUCCGUGAUUGCGGGCUACCUUGCGACCAUUUUCACCAUUCGGUAUUUGCUCAAGGACAAACAGGCCUAUGUGCUCAAUACCUGGUUCCGUGCGCAUAAUAUUGUCCUCUCCGUCGGCAGCGGUCUGUUGCUUGCGCUCAUGGCAGAGGAGAUUGGUCCGCUCGUGUGGAAGCAUGGGUUCCGUUGGGCUAUUUGCGAUAGUGCUGCGUGGACGCCGAGGAUGGAGUUUUACUAUAUCAUCAAUUAUUACAUCAAAUAUGUUGAACUCAUUGACACUGUCUUCUUGGCCCUCAAGAAAAAGCCUCUUGCAUUCCUCCACGUUUUUCAUCAUGCUGCAACUGCUUUGUUGUGCUACAACCAGCUCAAUGGGAAGACUUCGGUUUCCUGGACAGUCAUCACCCUCAACCUUGCCGUGCACGUCGUAAUGUAUUACUAUUAUUAUGGCACGGCCGGUGGACGCCGCUUCUGGUGGAAGCGCCAUGUUACCACGAUGCAAAUCACCCAAUUCAUCAUCGACCUCUGCAUCGUCUACUACGCCACCUUCCAACUCUUUGCUUUCCGCGACCAAGCGAAGUAUCCAUGGCUCCCCUCUGUGCGUGCAGACUGCGCCGGUACAAAGGACGCAGCCAUCUUCGGAUGCGGUCUUCUCUCGUCCUACCUCUUCCUCUUCAUCGAAUUCUUCAUUCGAACCUACAUCAUCAAAGGCAACAAGUCUGCCCGCUCGGCUUCUGGUGCCGCCAAGCACAGUGCCAAAAAAGUGGCCAAUGGCGUCAGCAAUGGGCAUGCGUACGCCAAUGGAAACGGAGUCGCGAAAAAGGCAGAUCUUUGA